CCAAUCGCGACACAUCAGCCGAGGGGCUUUGUGCGUCUGCGCUGUCUUCCGGCUCCCGAGUCCGCCGGUACGGAGGGGGAAGCGCACCUGGGGCUGCGCGGGGCGCGACCACGGGGGCAACUGGACCCGAGGAGGCGGCAGGUGAGGGGCUUCGGAGCUUGCCAAGCGCUCCGGAGUCCACGCAGGACUGGGCGCCGCGGCCGGGCGGGUCGCGGGCCUGGGAAGAACACGAACGUCUCGCUUCAUCGUCGGUGUGCGGCUUUCCCGGCUCUGGACUACACUUCCCAUCGUCCCCCGCGGCGCGCGCCCUGCUUGCGCCCCCUGUCGGCGUCAGGGCUCAUAGCCCGGGUCCAUGGACCCCUUAGCUCUGCCAUCUCAGGACUCUGCCCUUCCCCAAGAGAGAAACCAGGAGGAGGAUCCAUCAACCCAUGAAAUUUUGACAGUCAUGUCCCUUGGUUCAGACUUGUUCAGGGAUGUGGCCGUAGUCUUCUCCCAAGAAGAAUGGGAACAGCUGGCGCCUGCUCAGAGGGAUUUGUACAGAGAUGUGAUGUUGGAGAUCUAUAGCAACCUGGUCUCACUGGGUUUUGCCAUUUCCAAACCUGAUGUGAUCUCCUUCCUGGAACAAGGCAGAGAGCCCUGGAUGGUGGAGAAAGUAGCGACAGGAGGCCAGUGCCCAGUACUGGAGUCCAGGUAUGAUACUAAGGUAUUAUCUCCAAAGCAGCACAGUUAUGAAGUACAAUCACCCCGGUGGCAGAUAAUGGAAAGCCUUACAAGUUAUGGUUUUGAGUGCUCAAGUUUCCAAGAUGAUUGGGAAUGCAGAAGUCAGUUUGACAGGCAAGAGGGAAAUCCAGAUGGACAUUUGAGUCAAAUGAUAAUCGAUAAUGAAGAAAUGUCCACUUUUGACCAGCGAGCAUCUCUUACUUUUUAUCAGAAAAUUCAUAUUGGAGAAAAACCCUAUGGAUAUAAUGAAUGUAGAAAAGACUUCUGGCAAGAGGACUUCCUUAUUAAUCAUCAAGGGAUUCAUACUAAUGAGAAACCCUACAAAUGUAAGGAAUGUGGGAAGGCCUUUAAAUAUGGCUCACGACUAAUUCAACACGAGAAUAUUCAUUCUGGCAAGAAACCGUAUGAAUGUAAGGAAUGUGGAAAGGCCUUCAAUUCUGGUUCAAAUUUCAUACAACAUCAGCGAGUUCAUACUGGUGAGAAACCUUAUGAAUGUAAGGAUUGUGCAAAGGCCUUUAGUCGAAGCUCACAGUUGAUUGAACAUCAACGAAUUCAUACUGGUGAGAAACCCUAUCAGUGUAAGGAAUGUGGCAAGGCCUUCAAUCGGAUCUCACAUCUUAAAGUACAUUAUAGAAUUCAUACUGGUGAAAAACCCUAUGCAUGCAAGGAAUGUGGGAAGACCUUUAGUCAUCGUUCUCAGUUGAUUCAACAUCACACUAUUCACACUGGCAAGAAACUCUAUGAAUGUAAAGAAUGUGGGAAGGCCUUUAAUCAAGGCUCAACUCUUAUUCGACAUCAGAGAAUUCAUACUGGUGAAAAACCCUAUGAAUGUAAGGCAUGUGGGAAGGCCUUUAGGGUGAACUCACAACUUAAGCAACAUCAGAGAAUUCACACAGGAGAGAAACCCUACCAAUGUAAGGUAUGUGGUAGGGCUUUCAAACGGGUCUCACAUCUUACUGUACAUUAUAGAAUUCAUACGGGUGAGAAACCAUAUGAAUGUAAGGAAUGUGGGAAAGCCUUCAGCCAUUGCUCACAACUGAUUCAACAUCAGGUAAUUCAUACUGAGGAAAAGCCCUAUGAAUAUAAGGAAUGUGGGAGGACUUUAAAUCAUGACUCAACUACCAUUCAACAUCAGAGAAUACAUACUGGAAGUAGACCCUAUGUGUGUAAUGAAUGUAGAAAAGGUUUUUGGCAGAAGAAAUGUCUUCUUAGUCAUCAGAAAAUUCAUACUGGUGAGAAAUCUUAUCAAUGUCAGCAAUGUGGGAAGGCUUUCCAUCGCCGUUCCUAUCUUCCUCAACAUCAGAGAACUCAUAGUGGGGAAAGACCCUAUGAAUGUACAGAAUGUGGAAAGGCCUUUGGUUCUGUUUCACUCUUUACCAGACAUCAGAGAAUUCAUACUGGUGAGAAACCCCAUGAGUGUAAGGAUUGUGGAAAAACCUUUGUUCGGCUCUCACAACUUAACGUGCAUCACAGAACUCAUACUGGUGAAAAACCCUAUCAAUGUACUGAAUGUGGAAAAGCUUUCAGUUACUUAUCACUGAUUAUUAAACAUCAGAGAAUUCAUACUGGAGAAAAGCCCUAUGUCUGUAAGGAAUGUGGAAAGGCCUUUAGAGGUAUCACACAACUUAAUGAGCAUCAAAGAAUCCAUACUGGUGAGAAGCCAUAUAAAUGUAAUGAAUGUGGAAAGGCCUUUGGCCAUCGUUCAUAUCUUCCUCAACAUCAGAGGAUCCAUACUGGUAAGAAACCUUACAAAUGUAAGGUUUGUGGGAAAGCCUUUAGGCAGGGCUCACAGCUUAACCACCACCAAAGAAUUCAUACUGGUGAGAAACCCUAUAAAUGUAAUGAAUGUGGGAAGGACUUUAGGCAGGGCUCACAGCUUAAACAACACCAGAUAAUUCACACCGGUGAGAAGCCUUAUGAAUGCAAGGAAUGUGGGAAAGCCUUUAGUCAGUGCUCACAACUUACUCGACAUAAGAAAAUUCAUCCUAAUGUAUGUAAGAAAUGUGGGAAGGCCUUCGGACCCGGACGCCCGGUCCGCCCGGCGCCCAGCUCCCGGGCCACCCCUCCCCGGAGCAGUUCCGAGCCGCGGCCGCCCCGCCCCAUGCGACCCUACCCUGAGACCGCCCCGCUGGCCUGUGUAGCAAGAGGAAAACAGUCCAAGAAUGGAGGAGCUUCCACGAACGAAGGAGUUUCCACGAACGCAACCGAAGCGCCCCAGAUGCCUGAGCGACCGGAGGUGCCCGCCUCCCGACGCCGCCCGCGCGCCGCGAAAAUCCUUAGGGAAGAGAAACGCUGCCGGCGCCACGAGCGUGGGAAAUCCUUCCGCCGAUGCUCGACGGGCGUCCAGCAUCCGAGGAUCCACACGGGAGAGGGACCCUAUCAGUGCGGCGAGUGCAGCAAAACCUUCCACCAGAGGACCCACCUCACCCAGCACCAGUGCUUCCACACGGGCGAGAAGCCCUACGCCUGCGGACAGGGCAGACGGGCCUUCAGCCAGAUGACCCACCUGUCUCAGCAUCAGAGCACCCACGGCAGAGGCGGCGAGUGCGGGAAGGCCUUCAGGCGCCCCUUGGCCCUGGUCGACCAGCAGAGAAUCCACAGCGGGGAAAAGCCCUACGAGUGGAAGGCCUGCGGCAGAGCCUUCACCCCGAGCGCCCAGCUCAUCAGGCACCGGAAGAGUCACUUCGGAGAAAAGCCCUACGGAUGCAGCAAGUGUACGAAAUCCUUCGUCCGUCCGUCUUCCCUGAUGGAGCAUCAGAGAAUUCACACCGGAGAAAAGCCCUAUCCGUGUGAGGACUGUGCAAGGGCCUUUACCUGGAGGUCCCCUUCCGUCCUUCACAGGAGCAGUCACAUGGGAGAGACACCCUACGAAUGUCACGUGUGUGGGAAGACCUUCUGUAGCCACUCUUCACUGGUUGAGCACGACAGGACUCACAGUGGAGUGAAGCCUUCUGGACGCCACACGUGUGGGAAGGCCUUUAACACCUCUGGACGCCACACGUGUGGGAAGGUCUUUAACACCUCCUCGACUCUGUCAGCAUAAGAGAAUUCAUACCGGGGAAAAGCCCUUUGGUUGCCACGACUGUGGGACGU